GAUUAUUAAAGUUGAACUGCCCUGACUUUUAUUGCAAAUACGAUUCCCCUAUAAAAGCCUUUUAUAGUUUAAUGUUACCUCAGUAUCAAAGUACCCGACGUACAUUUGACUUCAAAACAAUACAAUAUGAGCUGUCAAUUCUUGAUCGUUUUCAGUGUGCUACUUAUAAUAUUUAACAGCCAAGUGAGAUCAGAAACUGAAGCGAAGACAGAAGAGAAAUCGGUUGCUGUAAAACCACAACCAGUCAUAGAUCGUUCCUCGGUACACCACCAUCCCCACCACGAUCCCACGUUCCACGGAUUCUGGAAAAAGAAGUUCGUGUGGCGGCCGCGGUGGGUGAAAACUUGGCAGGAGAAGAAGGUGUAUGUGGCUGUGUGGAAGCGGAUGUGGGGACCCGUGGAGGUCAAGGAGUGGGUACCGGUACCGAAGCCUCCCCCGGGAUGGAUCAAACACGAUGUCAGCGCCUACGCCGUCAAAACUCAUCCCCAUGUUACCAAUAAAUAGAUAACGUCACUGAUCGCAUACAAAAAAAAUACAACAGCAAAACAAAGUGGUGGAAAAUCUUAUGUGGAACACGUAGGAGGUAUGGACCUCGUGGUUUUUGAGUCUCCCGCUACGCUUAAGAUUCUAAACUUCAACCACUUGCUUUGUAAAUAAUGAGUUGUUGAAAUUAUUUCAGUUACACCACAAAAAGGGCUUCAGGGCCUUCAGGUUGAAUAUCAGUCGACGUCAAAGAUAUGUUUACACUUUUGAACCUUCCUCCUUUGUAAUAAGGCGAAAAAUGUAAACAUAUCUUUGACGUGUACAAAUAACUUUGAAUACCUAAGUGUAUUUACACUUAAGAGUAUAGUCUGGAAAGAGAAGAAUCGUAGAAUAUAAUUUUUCCCUUUUAUCACGGGUCUUCUCUUUCCGAAUCCGCACAGACUCUGGACGUUUAUUUAGGAUGUAGCUAUAAUAACUUAUUAUUAUUUGUAAGACUUUGGUAUUUAUUGCAAAGCGAAAAUUGCAAAACAUUAAUAGCGAAUGGUUUGUCAAAUUAAAAGUGUUUGUUUAGAUUAAUGUAUC